AUGGGCAACCUCAACGCCAGCCUCUUUCUCAUGCUCGCUCUCCUACUCUCCGCUCUUCCCUACAAAGGAGCAUCGGACAAUGGAACUUUCCCCACCGACGAUAACAUACCUGUUUCUCCUGUCGAACACCAACCUGUCGCCGGCGAAGUGAUCAGCGCCUUCUACGGGGGCGUGCUGGCACCGUUUCAUGUGUGCUCGGAAUGCCAGUGUUGUUCCGGCAGUGACAGGAGGAAUUGCCAGCAAACCAAGUGUUGUCACAGAAUCAUCUGCAACCAGCCCGGCAAGCCGUUUAACUACUGCUCGCUUAAGCCGAUCAGCUGCGGCUGCGCCAACUGCAACUGA